AUGGUAUUUCAGAUCCUUUGGCUGUUGUGUUCAAUAUUUGAUGCAAUAUCUGGACAAUCAAUUAGCAGUUCAUGCCAAGCAAGCUGUGGGAAUGUUAGCAUUCCAUAUCCUUUUGGAAUAGGACCUUCUUGCUACCUUGAUCACUGGUUUGAAGUAGUUUGCAAUAAUGACUCUUCGGGCUCUCCCAAACCUGUUUUGAGGAGCCCCAACUUGGAGGUGCUGAAUAUUUCGUUUGGAGUAGGCAUUUAUUUACGAAGCAGUACAGUUCGCGUCAAUUAUCCGACAUUUUCUAUUUGUACAACAAAUGGUUCAAACAAAAAACAAAAUGAGGUUUUAGCAAAAAGCCCUUUCAUCUUCUCCCAGUCCGAAAACCAAUUCAUUGCCAUGGGUUGCAAUAACUCUGCCUCAAUCAAGUCCUCGGAUGGUUCAUUUAUUGGGUGCAUGUCAAAUUGUGAUUCGGGUUAUAAAGUGAUAAAUGGUAGUAGUUGCUAUGGCACUAACAACUGCUGCCAAACCACAAUUCCUUCAUAUCUCGAUGCGUUUGAGACAAGUAUUGAUCCAACGUCAAAUAAUACCCAAGGAUGCAACUCUGCAUUCUUGGUAGAAGAAGGGUGGUUCCAGAAACGUGGUUCAAUAAAUACAUCCUCCAAUAUUAUGUCGUACGUUCCUGUGGUGUUGGAAUGGGGGAUUUUUGAUACAUCUUUCAACUCGCUUCCGACAACCAAAGAUGCCUCAUUCGCAAAAAUUACCUAUAAUUGUACCGAGUCUUCGGUGAGCGGCCGGAACACAACUUUUACAUGUUCUUGCAACAACGGCUUUGAAGGAAAUCCCUAUCUUCUUGGAGGAUGUCAAGACACUAAUCGUGCUUAUCUCCUUAAUUACAUGUCAGAUAUUAACGAAUGCGAUCGCAUACCAAACCGUUGUAAUUCCUUUAAUGGAUCUGCCGGGAGUACUAGUACUCGAUAUUGUGAAAAUACCUACGGGUCUUUCAGUUGUCAAGUAGUUGACCCCCCCAAGCCUCAGGUCGGAGCGAUCACACUUGGUACUAGCAGCAGCCUUGGAUUAUUCGUUCUACUUGUUGGUGGAUGGUGGUCCUAUAAAGUUGUAAAGAAAAGGAAGAUGAUCAAACAAAAGAACAUGUUUUUCAAACGAAAUGGUGGUUUAUUGUUACAGCAACAAUUAUCUUCACAUGAAGCAAAUGUUGAGAACAUCAGAUUGUUUAAUUCGAAAGAUUUGGAGAAGGCCACUGACCGUUUCAAUAUGAAUAGAAUACUUGGCCAAGGAGGACAAGGCACUGUUUACAAAGGUAUGCUAGCGGACGGAAGAAUCGUUGCUGUGAAAAAGUCCAGAGUAAUUGAUGAAGCAAAACUCGAAGAAUUCAUUAAUGAAGUUGUCGUUCUUUCACAAAUUAACCACAGAAAUGUGGUUAAGCUAAUUGGUUGUUGUUUGGAGACGGAAGUUCCUCUACUAGUUUAUGAGUAUGUUCCUAACGGAACUCUUUUCCAAUAUGUCAAUGGCCAAGUUGAGGAGAUUCCACUAACAUGGGAUAUGCGCUUACGAAUUGCAACAGAAAUUGCAGGAGCUCUCUUCUAUUUACACUCAGCAGCUUCCACCCCCAUUUACCACCGAGACAUUAAGUCUACAAACAUACUCUUAGAUGAUAAAUACAGAGCUAAAGUGGCCGACUUUGGGACUUCAAGAACCAUCGCUGUUGAUCAAACUCACUUAACCACACUAGUGCAUGGCACUUUUGGAUACUUAGACCCUGAGUAUUUCCAGUCAAGCCAGUUUACAGAAAAGAGUGAUGUUUAUAGUUUUGGUGUUGUCCUUGCUGAGCUAUUAACUGGCGAAAAGGCGAUCUCUUCAACAAGGACACAAGAAUCUAGAAGUUUAGCUACAUAUUUCAUUCAAUCUAUGGAGGAGAACAAUCUGUUUGAUAUUAUUGAUAGUCGAGUUUUGAAUGAAGGUAAAAAAGAAGAUAUCAUCACGGUCGCAAACCUUGCGAAAAGGUGCUUGAACUUAAAUGGGAAGAAAAGGCCUACGAUGAAAGAAGUCGCAAUGGAGUUGGAGGCAGUUCAAAUGUUGCAAAAAGUUCCUAACCUUCAACAAAACUAUGAAGAGCUUCAAUAUGUUCAAGCUGAAAUAAACGACUUGUGGGAUGUUGUUCCCACAUCAACAGUGCCAACCUCAUCCGCAGACGACCGACCAUUAUUAUUUUCUCAAUAA